AUGGCUUCUCACUCUUCAACUCUAUUCUCUUCUCCUCCUCGCGCCUUCGCUCCUCCCUUCUCCUCUCAUCGUCUCUGUUUCAAUCUCCGUUUCCCCCGACCAAUCAAUACUAAACCCAAUAAUCACUCCCUCCGAUGUUCUGUCUCAAUAGAGAAAGAAGUCCCCGAAACAGAACGACCCUUCACAUUCCUCAGAGACUCUGAUGACAACUCCACUCAUUCUUCUUCAACUUCUUCAGUCAGGGCUCGUUUCGAAGCCAUGAUUAGAGCUGCGCAAGACAGUGUUUGCGAGGCCAUUGAAGCUGUCGAAGACGGUCCGAAAUUCAAAGAAGAUGUUUGGUCUCGACCAGGUGGAGGAGGUGGAAUCAGCCGAGUUUUGCAAGAUGGGAAUGUGUUUGAGAAAGCAGGGGUUAAUGUCUCUGUUGUUUAUGGUGUUAUGCCUCCUGAAGCUUAUAGAGCUGCUAAAGGCUCUGCUUCUUCUGAUCACAAACCUGGUCCUGUUCCUUUCUUCGCCGCCGGUGUCAGCUCCGUAUUGCAUCCCAAGAACCCUUUUGCACCAACUCUGCAUUUCAACUAUCGCUAUUUCGAGACUGAUGCUCCAAAGGGUAACACGCAAAACUCUUUGUCAAAGUGUAAAAGUACAGUCUUUUUGUUUGAUUUUGCUUCUUUUUUUUUUUGUCAAUGUUUAGAUGUUCCUGGAGCUCCGAGGCAAUGGUGGUUUGGUGGUGGCACUGAUUUCACGCCAGCUUACAUCUUUGAAGACGAUGUCAAGCAUUUCCAUACGAUUCAAAAGCAAGCGUGUGACAAGUUCGACCCUUCUUUCUAUCCUCGGUUUAAGAAAUGGUGCGAUGACUACUUUUACAUCAAGCACCGUGAUGAGAGACGAGGACUUGGAGGGAUAUUCUUUGACGAUCUUAAUGACUAUGAUCAGGAAAUGCUUCUUGCAUUCUCCACUGAAUGUGCCAACUCAGUGGUACCAGCUUAUAUACCUAUAGUAGAGAUAAGGAAAGACAUGGAAUUUACAGAGCAGCACAAGGCAUGGCAACAGUUGCGAAGAGGAAGAUAUGUUGAAUUCAACUUGGUAUAUGAUCGUGGAACUACAUUUGGUCUGAAGACAGGAGGGAGAAUAGAGAGUAUUCUUGUCUCUCUUCCACUGUCAGCAAGAUGGGAAUAUGACCAUAAACCGGAAGAGGGGACAGAGGAGUGGAAGCUAUUGGAUGCUUGUAUCAACCCCAAAGAGUGGAUAUAG